AUGUCCCUUUUCCAUCUAAUAGCAAGAACGGUGUACACCAAGGAGCAUGAAUGGCUGACAGUUGACGGUAAUGGCCUUGGUACUCUUGGAAUAACCGACUAUGCUCAAAAAUCGCUUGGUGAUGUCGUUUUUGUCGAAACACCCAUCAUUGGCGACGUGGUCAAGAAGGGCGAUCAAAUUGGUGCCAUUGAAUCUGUCAAGGCUGCUAGCGACAUUUACACGCCCGUCUCGGGAGAAAUCAUCAAUGCCAACGAAGAGCUUACGGAUUACCCCGCGUUGAUCAACAAGAGCCCCGAAGAUGAAGGGUGGUUUGUCCAAAUCAAGCUGUCAAACCAUGACGAAGUGGAGCAGCUAAUGGACGAUGUCGAGUAUGCUGCUUUUAUCGAAGCAGAGCAUCCUUGUGAGCCCGAAAAUCAAUAA